AUGUCGAACAUGGAGAAACACUUAUUUAACUUGAAGUUUGCUGCAAAGGAACUUAAUAGGAAUGCCAAGAAAUGUGAUAAAGAAGAAAAAGCUGAAAAAGCCAAGAUAAAAAAGGCCAUUCAGAAAGGCAAUACAGAAGUUGCAAGAAUACAUGCGGAAAAUGCAAUCCGUCAGAAAAACCAAGCAAUCAAUUUCUUGAGAAUGAGUGCUAGGGUUGAUGCUGUGGCAGCCAGAGUUCAAACUGCAGUAACAAUGGGCAAGGUGACAAAAUCCAUGGCAGGUGUAGUUAAAUCUAUGGAUGCUACAUUGAGAAGUAUGAAUCUUGAAAAGAUUUCAGCCUUAAUGGACAAAUUUGAACAUCAGUUUGAAACAUUGGAUGUUCAAACACAACAAAUGGAAGAUACAAUGAGUAGUACUACAACCCUAACAACACCACAGAACCAAGUGGAUAUGCUGCUUCAGGAAAUGGCAGAUGAAGCUGGCCUUGAUCUCAAUAUGGAGCUUCCACAGGGUCAGACAGGGUCUGUUGGUGCAAGUGUUGCUUCUACAGAGCAGGAUGAACUGUCACAGAGGCUUGCUCGUCUUCGUGAUCAAGUGUAACUUAAACAAUUGGCGCUUCUGUUUCCUCCGAGUGUGUCUGAAACAUCCUUUGUGUGUACAUGUAUAAAGUUGCACUCUAGCUAGAAAAACACCACACAUGCCAGAAUGUUUGAACAUUAUUUAUAUAUGAUGUUUUCUUUUGACUUGUGUAUUUUGCAGUGCAUUAAGAAAUUCCAGUGAAUUUCAACAUUGGCAGAUUUUAUAGUUCUGUAUAUUAUGUGUAAAGGUGUAUGGGGCAUAUUUUUGCAGAUGUCUUUGACAAAGCUAGCAUUAGUUUUCUGUAUAUUAUACAUCUUCCUCAAAUAUUAGAGCAAACAUCUAGCACCAAAAUACUACUAAGUAAUUUUGUCAGAAUAAAGGCUUUGUUCUUCUUUUUAAUUGAAAGGAAUUUUCAGCAUUGUCUGUGAUGAAAUGUGAUUUUUGUAAAAAUAAAAACAGGAAAAGCAUGUUUAUUUAAUGUU